GUGAGAGACACAGAAACAGAGAGGCGACAGAGAGGUACUAAAGAGAGGGAGAGAGGGAGGAAUAGAGGAUUGGCCCUAACAAACCAGUGUUGUUGCUGACCAUCUUUUAUCACAACAGCAAAUCUGACCUUCAACACUAAGAGAACCAUUUGGAUUCAUCUGACCUUCGGUGACCUACGGUGUUUUAGCCGCGUGUGUAUGCAUGUGUGUGUGGAUUGGGAUGACACUGACAGCUCUCACUUCUCUGAGAACCAACAUUAACUAGUUGCUAAGCUCGAAGGAACUGAGAGAGAUGGCGGAGGUCCCCAAGAUUGAACUUUUCAUCAAGGCCAGUGAUGAUGGGGAGAGCGUGGGGAACUGUCCCUUCUGUCAGCGACUCUUUAUGAUCCUCUGGCUGAAGGGGGCCAACUUCACCCUCACCACAGUGGACAUGAAGAGGGCUCCAGAGGUGCUGAAGGACCUGGCCCCGGGCUCUCAGCCCCCGUUCCUCAUCUUCGGGGAGGAGGUGCGCACUGACACCAACAAGAUCGAGGAGUUUCUAGAGGAGGCCCUGGCUCCUCCACAGUACCCCAAGCUCUGCUGUCGCUACAAGGAGUCCAACGGUGCUGGAGAUGACAUCUUCCACAAGUUCUCUGCAUACAUCAAGAACCCUAACCCUGGCCUCAAUGAUAUGCUGGAGAAGAAGUUUCUGAGGAGCCUGAUGAAGUUGGAUCAGUACCUGCUGACGCCACUCCCACAUGAGCUGGACCAGAACCCAGACGCCCACCAGUACUCACGGCACUAUCUGGAUGGGAAUUCCCUCAGUCUAGCUGACUGCAACCUGCUUCCCAAGCUCAACAUAGUCAAGGUGGUGUGUAGGAAGUACCGUGACUUUGAGAUCCCUGUGGCUCUGACUGGUCUGACCCGCUACCUCACCAAGGCCAACCAGCAGGACGAGUUUCGAUAUACCUGUCCCAAGGACUCCGAGAUCCUACUGGCCUACCAAUCAGUGGCCAAAUACCUCAACAAAUAGAUCAACAGAGGAGGAGGGGGGAAGAGGGGUGCAGGGAGAGAGAAUAUAGAGAGGGGUGCAGGGAGAGAGAAUAUAAAGAGGGGUGCAGGGAGAGAGAAUAUAGAGAGGGGUGCAGGGAGAAAGAAUAUAAAGAGGGGUGCAGGGAGAGAGAAUAUAGAGAGGGGUGCAGGGAGAGAGAAUAUAGAGAGGGGUGGGGGUGGGAGGGCAGACAGGGUAAAAGAGGAGCUGAAAAAGAUAUGUUUAGAAAAGAGAAGAAAUCUUUUUUUUAAAGGGAGAAGAGGGCUAUGAAGAGAUGAGGACCAGAACAGUACACCUGCUGCCCGCGCUGCAGAACAAGGCUUGUCUGCCUUCUUUCAAUAACAUAUUGAUGUAUAACGCUGUGUGUGCAGGGUGAAAGUCUACUUAUACUGUACAUGUACUAUUACAAUGUGUAUUAUAUCAAUAUAAAUAUGCCUUUUCGCCAAAGCUUUUAUCCAAAGUGA